AUGGAUAUUCCAAUGGUGAUAACGAAAUGGUCUCCAUAUGCAGAGGAAACUCAGCCUGCUUUGAAGUCGAUACCCCUGUGGGUUACUCUAACUGAUGUUCCACCCUCCAUGUUUACCCACAAGGGUUUACAGUUCUUGGCCAGUGCUGUAGGCAAGCAAAUACGUUUGCACCCGAAAAUAGAUGCCUGUACCAGUUUUGAUGUUGCUCAGAUUCUAGUGGAGGCUGAUUUAACUAAAUCUCUCUCACGAGAUUUCGUUUUCACCGGGGAAGAGGAGGGGGAGCUUGAUGUUUUCAUCAAGUACUCUUACCCUUGGCUGCCACCGAAAUGUGAAGUAUGUGGUAAAUGGGGCCAUCACAAGGCGACUUGUUUAGCUCCGUCUGCUACACCACAAAAGAUCAUCUCCCCUGCUCAUGAGGCACAGUCUGUUCCACCUGUUGCUCCAUCAUCUCCGAUAACUGUGAUUGCUGCCCCUGUGCAAACAGAGGACUCUGAAGUUGUUUCCACCGUUGCUCUUACCGUCCUCAGUAAGGAAGCGGUUGUUGAGGAGGUUGAGGACUGGACUACACCAAAAUCAACACGAAGUCCAGGAAAACACCAAGCUAAUGUGAUUCCACCUACUAGUCCAUCUAUUCUCUCCAACGCUUUCUCUGCACUUAGUGAUAAGGAGGAAGUGGAGGAUGAAAUUCCAAAUGAUGUUGAAGAUGCGAAAACAGAGGAUUAUGCAGAGGCAAAGGAGGAGACACUGCCAACAGAGUUGGGGACUUCUCUUAUACCUCAGUUACGUCCAAGUCUGCCCCGAGGUUCAAAAACUGCUCACAAGAUUAUUUCAAACCCUUCUACUCAACCCCCUAAAACCCUUAGGGAUCAGAAGACACGAGUUAAGGAACGUAAUGCAUCGUGGUUAGGUGCAAAGUUGUUUAAAGACUGGUCAGUCUUAUCAAACUAUGAGCACAAUGCUCGUGGACGUAUCUGGGUGGUCUGGAGGAAUAAUGUUUGCCUCACUCCGGUUUACAAAACAGGACAGCUGAUAACCUGUUCGGUUAAAUUAGAGGAAGAGGACACAGAGUUUUUCAGUUCUUUUGUUUAUGCUUCGAACUUGGUAGAUGAGAGAAAAGUCUUGUGGGAGGAUUUGCGAACCCAUAGGGACUCUCCACUUAUGCGGGAUAAACCUUGGAUUAUCUUUGGCGACUUUAAUGAAACACUGGCUCUUGAGGAGCAUUCUUGUGGGGCUAAUGGUCCAGGCCCCUUGUUCACUUGGCGCAACAAAAGGGAGAAUGACCUUAUCUCUAAGAAGUUGGAUCGUGUUUUGAUUAAUGAGGCUUGGCUCGCGGUUUAUCCGCAGUCAUAUACUAUUUUUGAGGCUGGUGGAUGUUCGGACCACUCACAUUGUCGGAUCAACCUUGUUAAUCACGGGGAAUACAGGAGGCGUAGGAAGCCUUUUAAGUUUGUUAAUGCUAUGGUGGAAAUGCCUGAGUUUAGGCCAUUGGUGGAGGAGUUUUGGGGGGAUACAGAAGUGAUUCAUAUGUCCUCAUCUUCCUUGUUCCGUUUCACAAAGAAGCUUAAGGCUCUCAAACCGCAGCUAAAGUCCUUAGCAAGGAGUAAGGUUGAUCACUUGGUGGCAAAAACAAAAGAGGCAUACACUUCUCUUUGUGAGGCUCAGGAGUUAAAUCUUUCACACCCGUCUGCAGUUGCCAUGGAGGCCGAAAAACGUGCGUAUGAUCGCUGGAGUUUCCUUGCUAGCCUCGAAGAGAAAUAUCUGAAGCAGAAGUCCAAGCUUCACUGCUUACAGGUGGGGGACCGGAAUAACAAAACCUUUCAUCGCGCUGUUCAGACUAGAGCAGCUCAAAAUGUCAUUCGUGAAAUCUUAAAACCUGAUGGGAGUGUAGUCUCGGACGAGGCAGGAUCAGAUGGUUACACUUCAGAGUUUUUUAAAGCGGCAUGGGAUAUCAUCGGUGUGGAAUUUGUGAUUGUUGUUCAAUCUUUUUUUGAGAAAGGUUUUCUUCCCAAAGGGGCAAAUUCAACCAUCCUUGCUCUGAUUCCUAAAAAGCUAGAGUCUCGCGAAAUGAAGGAUUAUCGUCCAAUAUCCUGUUGUAAUGUAAUUUACAAAGUAAUCUCCAAGAUUUUAGCUAACAGGUUGAAGCUGCUUCUGCCACAGUUCAUUGCUGGGAACCAGUCAGCUUUUGUUAAGGACCGUCUUCUCAUUGAGAAUGUUCUUCUAGCUACGGAGCUAGUUAAGGACUAUCAUAAAGACUCAAUAUCAAGCAGAUGUGCAAUCAAGAUAGAUAUCUCAAAGGCUUUUGAUUCGGUUCAGUGGCCGUUUCUGAGAAAUGUCCUCGAGACAUUGGAUCUCCCGCCUGUUUUCGUGCAUUGGAUUAUGCUUUGUGUGACAACAGCCUCCUUCUCUGUUCAAAUGAAUGGUGAGUUAGCGGGGUUCUUUCAAAACUCCAGGGGCCUACGACAGGGUUGUUCGCUCUCUCCUUAUCUCUUUGUCAUCAUUAUGGACGUUCUCUCAAAGAUGCUAGAUAAAGCAGUUGGACACACAUUCGGCUAUCAUCCUAAAUGUAAGAAUCUUGGAAUUACUCAUUUGAGCUUUGCGGAUGACUUAAUGGUUCUAUCUGAUGGCAAGGAGGUGGAAAACAGUUUCAGUUUUGAAGUAGGACAGUUACCGGUUCGUUACCUUGGCUUGCCUCUAGUCACCAAGCGACUCUCACUCUCUGAUUGUGCACCACUCAUUGAACAGCUGAAGAAGAGAAUAGGUUCCUGGACAGCCCGUUUCCUCUCUUUUGCUGGUCGUUUAAACUUGAUCCAAUCUGUCCUAUGGAGUGUUUGUAAUUUCUGGUGCUCUGCCUUUCGACUGCCACGCCAAUGUACUCGCGAGAUUGAUAGUCUAUGUUCGGCAUUCCUCUGGUCUGGACCGGAACUAAACCCUCAUAAAGCUAAGGUCACUUGGGAGGACAUCUGCAAGCCUAAAACAAAAGGAGGUCUGGCUUUAAGAUCUCUCAAGGAAAUGAAUGACGUAUGUUGUCUAAAGUUGAUCUGGAGGAUUGUUUCUUCAGGAGAUUCUUUGUGGGUGAAAUGGGUGGAAAACACAUUGCUCAAACAGGAGAGCUUUUGGGGAAUUAAAUCAACAGCUGCAGGUUCUUGGAUGUGGAGAAAAAUUCUCAAAUAUCGAGGGUUAGCAGCUCAGUUUUGCAGGAAAGCAGUUAACAAUGGUUCAGGAACUUCUUUUUGGUACGACAAUUGGUCUACCAUGGGCCGUCUUGUGGAUGUUGCAGGGGAUAGAGGCAUCAUUGAUAUGGGGAUUAGUAAUUCUAUGACCGUUGCGGAAGCUUGGAGUAGAUGUUAUCGCAGGACUUACCGCUUGCAUUACUAUACUUUAAUGGAAGCUGAACUUUCUCAGAAAUAUCAAUACAGAUCCUCUAUGGAGAAUGAGGCCCUUUGGAAGGGGAAGAAUGAUAAGUAUUAUCCACGCUUCUCCACCAAGGACACUUGGAAUCAGGUUCGUACCACUGCUGCUGAAGUCUCAUGGUACGACUGUGUAUGGUUCUCCCAUUCAAUAUCCAAGUUCUCGUUCUGCACAUGGCUCGCCGUCCGUAAUAAACUCUCCACGGGUGACCGGAUGGCACAAUGGUCCAGCGGUGAUACAGGGGUAUGUGUCCUCUGCAACAAUGCUCCUGGAACCCGUGACCACUUGUUUUUCUCCUGUGCCUAUAGCUCGGAGAUAUGGGGAAAUCUUGCUUCGCGAAUCUUUGGGACAAGUUACUCUACUACCUAG